CUUUGGCCGGCUUCUCUUCAUUUUUGUUUUUGUCUUGUCAGUUUCGUUAACCAAAUCGCUCCCUGGAAAACCAGGAAAAGAAAAAAGAGGCCUCAUUAAGAAUUUGUCUUGUUUGUUCGCUAUUUUAAUUUCGUUUGAAUAAUGUCUUGUUUAUAUUUGGCUGAUUUUAGCAGGUUCGAGCUUAGAAUGGUGAUAGUGAUGUCCUCCGCGAUAGCUACACUGUCUUCUACGAAAAGCUAUUGUCUCUAAUUCCCUGUAAUCUUCAAAGAAGGUUGAGGCAUUUGGAAAGAUGGAUUUAGAACAAGAAGGAGCUAAGGAUUCAAAGAUGAAGGGCGUUGGAAGUCAGAGCAGCAAAGAUAUGAUAUUUAGAGCCGACAAGAUUGAUCUGAAAAGUUUGGAUGCUCAGUUAGAAAAGCACUUGAGCAAAGUCUGGUCAAGGAAAUCAGACCAGGAGAGGCCUAAAGAAGAGUGGGAGAUUGAUUUGGCCAAAUUGAAUAUUCGAUAUGCUUUUGCUCAUGGGGCUUAUGGUACUGUCUAUAGGGGUACCUAUGAUAACCAAGAAGUUGCAGUGAAAGUAUUGAACUGGGGUGAGGAUGGUGUCGCCACAGCGGCUGAAACUGCUGCUUUACGUGCAUCCUUUCAGCAGGAGGUUGCUGUAUGGCACAAACUUGACCAUCCAAAUGUCACCAAAUUUAUUGGUGCAUCUAUGGGAACUUCAAAUCUUAAGAUUCCGGCAAAUAGUUCUUCAACUAAUGGGGAAACUCCUCCAUCUAGAGCAUGUUGUGUUGUUGUUGAGUAUCUUCCUGGUGGGACAUUAAAACAAUUCUUAAUCAGAAAUAGGCGGAAGAAACUUGCUUUUAAGGUUGUGGUCCAGCUGGCUUUGGACCUCUCUAGAGGGCUUAGCUAUCUUCACUCCAAGAAGAUUGUACAUCGUGACGUCAAAACAGAAAAUAUGUUGCUAGAUGGGCAAGCACGUCUGAAAAUAGCUGAUUUUGGAGUCGCUCGUGUUGAAGCUAUGAAUCCGAGUGAUAUGACAGGCGAAACUGGAACCCUUGGUUACAUGGCACCUGAGGUUCUCGAGGGCAAGCCCUACAACCAUAGAUGUGAUGUCUACAGCUUUGGCAUUUGCUUAUGGGAGAUUUACUGCUGUGAUAUGCCCUAUCCAGAUCUUAGCUUUGCUGAUGUUUCAGCCGCAGUUGUUCGUCAGAAUCUGAGGCCAGAGAUUCCAAGAUGUUGUCCAAGCACAUUUGCAAGUAUAAUGAGGAAGUGCUGGGAUGGGAAUCCAAACAAGCGCCCAGAGAUGGAAGAGGUGGUGAGAAUGCUCGAAGCAGUUGAUACCAGCAAAGGAGGAGGCAUGAUACCUGAAGAUCAUACUCCUAACUGCUUCUGUUUUGCACCAGUUCGGGGUCCCUGACUGACUUUUUUUCCCCCACAAUUAACUUGGUUUUUUUUUUUUUUGCUCGAUUUCAUUUGAUUUUGAUUCGGAUUGGUGCCUAAAUUCCUCCUGCAUUAUAUACUUUUCUUUCUAAGACUAGUUAUGGCUGCCAAUUUUUAGCCUUCAUGUAUAGAUUUAUUUUUUUAUUUUUUUGGGACCGAACC